AUGGCAAAUGCGCGUCCGGAGCCCAACUUCCCGAUCGAGCGGUCAGGAGCAGUGGGAGGGAAAGGGAGCUACCCCAUCCGGUUCAAACUGAACGCGGCGGCCUACACACGGGAGAUCUGCCCGUGCGACGGUCAACCGGUGGGAAACAACGGCGCGGCGAAAGUUCUCCAGGUGCCUCGGAAGCGUAUCAUCGAGUGGCUGAAGCAGGAGGAGCAGCUGAGGGAGAAGGUCAGCGCUAACCCCAAGCUCUCGAAGGCCAAGCAGGUUCACAGCGGAGGGAAAGCUUCGACAGUCGACGCCGAACAAGUCCUUGUGGACUACAUCAACGAGCAGCGCAAGCAGCACCGCGGUUGUGGUAAUCGGGAGGUGAUGAACAAGCUGCUCGAGCUGAAGCCUGACGCCCUUGGCGGGAUGCCGGCGAACGCGAAACCGGAGGAGGCGCUGGCUUUCAAGGUCAAUUUCAACCCCUGGUACCAACGGUUCCGCAAGCGGAAUGGGUUCAGCAUCCGCCGGCGUACCAGCGUGGGCCAGAAACUGCCGAAGGGGUACGAGGGUAUGGCGUGGGCAACGGUGAUGAAGCUGCGCGAGGCUCUCGUAAAGCGCGCCGGUGAGAUCUACGCUCGGCGCCACCCGCCGGCACCUGACGAGAGCCCCAUCAAAGGGGAAGAUCUGACUUCCGAGCAGCUGGCGUCUGUGAAGGCGGAGGUUUUCGAGGAACUCGGCAACAUGGACCAGACGCCAGUCCAGCACGAGAUGCCGGUGGAGACCACUCUGGAAAAGACCGGUGCGAAGGAUGCUCGCAUCAGCACAGGAGGUUUCGCCGCGCAUCAUCUUCAAGGGCACGCCGUUCAUCUCCCAGACCGUGAGCGGCAAGGGCAUGAGCACCCUGCCGCGGAAGGACUCCGUCGCGUGGGAGAUCCAUCCUGCAAACCGCGCCAAGCACGGCCACNUUUCAACCCCUGGUACCAACGGUUCCGCAAGCGGAAUGGGUUCAGCAUCCGCCGGCGUACCAGCGUGGGCCAGAAACUGCCGAAGGGGUACGAGGGUAUGGCGUGGGCAACGGUGAUGAAGCUGCGCGAGGCUCUCGUAAAGCGCGCCGGUGAGAUCUACGCUCGGCGCCACCCGCCGGCACCUGACGAGAGCCCCAUCAAAGGGGAAGAUCUGACUUCCGAGCAGCUGGCGUCUGUGAAGGCGGAGGUUUUCGAGGAACUCGGCAACAUGGACCAGACGCCAGUCCAGCACGAGAUGCCGGUGGAGACCACUCUGGAAAAGACCGGUGCGAAGGAUGCUCGCAUCAGCACAGGAGGCGGGUUGACGCCCUUGCUCUUACCGCUCGACCGCAUGCUCAACAAGCAGAUGAGGCGGCUGCUGCGGGGCAAGUACACCGCCUACAGCGCGUCGGCGGUCGCAGACGCCCGGUCGGGGAAGCUGAAGCCACCGGAGCGUGGGGUCGUCUCUACGUAGUGCAAGGAAGCGUGGGAGUCCACCACCCCCGACACGGUGAAGACUUGCUUCAAGAUCUGCGGUUGUUGGCAGCUCGUAGUGGUAGUGUGGUGUGAUUUUUUACUUCGUUUUUGGUUUCAUCUGCGUUUAGAAUUGUUGAGUGGAUGCCGUUUGCCGAUUUGCUGAUGUUGAUUCUUCAGAACGAAAAGAAGAGAACGAAGAGUACAAAUACCACAUUUUUGAACAUCAUCGUGGUGCCAAGGGCAGCAGUAGCAGUGGAGCACGCGAUUCAAACUUCCACAGCAGUAUCCGAGAUUUCCAGCACAAGAUGCUGGUGAAAGGGUAUCACUUCCCGCCAAACCUCACCGCACAUAUCGGCGUCUCCACACAGUGUGCGGAGACGACGAUACCUGUGCGAUAAUCUAGCAAAUCAUUCGGAACCCGCUUUUUUUCCGUACACCCUGUGCCAAGACC